AUGGGAAUGAAUGUAGAGGAUAGAGAGGCUGUACGUCCUCCGGACGGUGGCUGGGGCUGGGCUGUUCUGCUGGGAGGUUUCGUCAUUACUGGCUUCUCUUAUGCUUUCCCAAAAGCUAUAAGUAUUUAUUUUAAAGAACUGAUGAAGGAUUUUAACUGUGGAUACAGUGACACAGCCUGGAUUUCAUCCAUCAUGUUAGCCAUGCUCUAUGGCUCAGGACCAGUAUCCAGCAUCAUGGUUAAUAAAUUUGGAUGUCGUCCAGUCAUGUUGGUUGGCGGAUUAUUAGCCUCUGGAGGGAUGAUAAGUGCAUCUUUCACUACUAACAUUACCCAGCUUUACCUGACUGCUGGUGUCAUCACAGGUCUCGGCCUAGCAUUGAACUUCCAGCCAUCGCUGAUAAUGCUGGGGUCUUAUUUUGACAAACGCAGACCAUUGGCCAACGGACUGGCUGCAGCAGGAAGCCCCGUAUUCCUGUCAGUCCUUUCUCCAUUAGGACAGAUUUUGCUGAACCACUACGGAUGGAGAGGAGGCUUUCUCAUUAUGGGCGGUCUCCUACUAAAUUGCUGCACCUGUGGAGCAGUCAUGAGACCCCUGCAACGAAAAGAAAGAAAAACGAGGGCCAAAGGAGAGGCCUUUUCCCAAGAGCUCAAAGAAAUGAUGCCACCGAAGGCUGGACAAGAGAGUGAAAAUAAUAAUGAAGGAAGGCCCAGGAAAAAGAAGCUGUUGGACUUAGGUGUACUACGUGACAGAGGGCUUAUUAUCUAUAUCAUAGCAAAAUUUAUAGUUGUUCUUGGCCUGUUUGUUCCAACUAUCCUCUUAGUCAACUAUGCUAAGGACCAAGGAGUGCCUGACCAGGAUGCUGCCUUUUUGUUAUCUAUUAUAGGAUUUAUUGACAUCUUUGCACGACCCACAUGUGGCGUAGUGGCUGGUUUAAAAUGGGUCCGACCCAAGAUGCCAUAUUUCUUCAGCAUUGCCUUGCUUUUCAACGGCCUGACAGAUGUUUGUUCAGCCACAUACACCGAUUACAAGGGGCUUGUUAUAUUCUGUGCAUUUUUUGGACUCUCCUAUGGGAUGGUGGGUGCUCUACAAUUUGAAGUGCUCAUGGGGAUUGUUGGGACAAGCAGUUUCUCAAGUGCACUUGGGUUGGUGCUCCUUAUUGAGGCAGUGGCUGUGCUGAUCGGACCUCCCUCUGCUGGUUAUUUGGUGGACGCCUACAAGAACUAUGAACUUAUUUUUUACAUGGCUGGGGGUGAACAGAUCACGGCUGGAGUAUUUCUUGCCCUUGCGUCAUUCUGCUGCAUUAAGCAAAAGAAAAGAAAAGACUCACCUCAGAUGCAUCAAGCUGAAGAAGACAACAAUCGCAUUCAGCAUGAACCCUAA